UUUGCAUAAGUCUCUGAAUCCUCAAAUGAAUUUAUCGGAGCCGGUUUGUAGAGUUUGUUUGAAUAUUUCGAUUGAGCUUAUCGACUUUAAAACCCCAAUUUGUGAUUUAGUUAGCGGUACGGAAAUGAAUUUAACAUAUUCCGAUUAUUUCCAAGCUUGCACAGAUAUUGUAUUGACAAAUGACGGGGAUGAGUUCUUUCACAAUUUGUGUGCGGAUUGUGCACUUAAACUUAAAGAUUCUUAUAACUUUAUACAAAAAGCAAAACAAUCAGAUGAAAUUAUAAGAGGCCUAUUCAAAAAUACUGGACAAAGUGAACAUUUACUAGAAUAUGUUAAAGAUAUUCAUUAUGAAAUUAUUGAUGCAGAGCAUUUAGAAUGUAGAGAAGAGAUUGAGCUAGACAAUGAGGACGCUAUAAUUGAAGUUGAAAACACCCAUAAGAUUGAAGAGAAAUACAAUUAUAAAUCGGAUGCAUCCAGUAAGUGCGAUGAGCUGUUCGACAUACGAAAUGAAGUUAAUAAACAUAUAGAAAUUGUGCCCCUUAAUGUGUUUGGCAGUAAAGAGACACCAUCAGAAAGGCAGCUUGAAGAAACCGAUAAGACGACAAUAUCUGAACAUUUAUUGGUAUGCAGUGCUAAGGAAAUGCAUAAUGGCACCAAUGGCACAUCCUUGCAGAAUAAAAAAAAUAAGAUCGACGAAUGUAUGAUAUGUAAUGAAGAAAUACCUUACAAUAUUUCCAAAUUUCAACACGAACAUAAGCAACACGCAAAUUUUGUCAAAUGUACUCAGUGUGAGCACAUAUGCAGAGAGUUUAAAAUGCCAAUCCACGUACAUAAUACACAUGACCAAAGUGAAAGAUAUAUGUGUAAGAUUUGCUCAAAAAGUUACAUCUCAAAAAGCAUUCUCAAAGCACAUUUGAAUUACCACGAUCGAAAGCGAACAAAAGCAAAGUCGGAUCCUUGUGACGUCUGUGGCAAGCAGUUUGCAACACAGUACUAUUUGCGUCAACAUAAAAAGAUGCAUGGUGAUGAGCGCCAAGUCUAUGAGUGCAAACAAUGCGAGAAACAAUAUCAAUCGAAAAUUGCAUUGGAUAACCAUAUGAAAAUGCAUUCUGGGGAUACAAUCAAAUGUACAGUCUGCGAGAAACCAUUUUCCCGCCAAUAUGAGUUGAACGUUCAUAUGCGCUUUCACACACGCAACUUUCCCUAUGAAUGUGACUUAUGCGACAGAAAGUUUGCUAUAAAAGGACAUUUACGGUCACAUAUGUGGCGGCACCAAGGUUUGAAGUUGCAAUGUGAUCAAUGUAGUAAAUUAUUUACCUCAAGCAAAGCUCUCAAUGAACACUCCUACUUACAUACUCCUGCUGCGAUGCCGUUCACAUGCAGUUAUUGUUUAAAGUCAUACCCUUCCCGACAAAAAUAUAAGGUACAUUUAAAAGCAGCACAUCUCAAAGAAUUGGAUAUGAAGGAAUUGAAAAAGGCCACCGCAAAUCAAACACCUAAACCGCUUGUUCGUAAACAUCAUAUAUUGGUGCAAGCAAGCAAUUUCAUUACAGAAGAGGAAGUGACAUGCGACACUGAAGAUAUUGAAGUUAAUCCUGUACGAAUUCUAAAUCUCAAUAAUGAUAACAGUCUGCGCUACGUAGAGAAUUAAUAAUUAUGAUAAUAUCAAAAUAUAAAUCUGUUUAGUUGAGUUUUGCGGAAUCGCAAAUAUAAUCGCAAAAUGCUAUUCAAUAAAACUAGUCCAGUUCGACGAAGGAGCACAAAAUAUUAAUCUAAAUGCAAAUGAAAUUUAAUAAAUCUUCAGAACAUAUUACGCAUUCACAACUAUAGCAGAUAUU